UUAUUAAAACUAAUUCUGGCAGUUGGUUUCGUUUUCUAUGAGAGAUUCCAAAAGCCUACAAUAAUAAUAACUAUAUAUUCUUUUUUUUUAAUUAUAUAUCGCUCAUUUCACUCUCGAUGAAAGUUCUAUGAGAAAGAGGAAGGCAAAGAAUUAUUGUUAGCUCAGAAAUAUUUUUACUGUUGCGGUUUAGAGCAGCCAGCUGGGUUGGAUCCAGGAAAAUGGCGAUGAUGAGCCGCGCAUUUCAAUUGAGUCGAAUGGUGGCAAGAGCUGCAGCGCCUGCCCGGCGCUCUCCAUUGCCCGCUUUUUCUCAGCCCGCAAUCUCCCGCACGUCAAUAUUCCAGGUUCCAAGGAACUUUUCUACAGGGAAACAACUGGAAGAGGCAUAUAUUAAGGUUCCCAUUCCUAUGUAUGGAGUAACAGGAAAUUAUGCCUCUGCACUUUAUAUUGCUGCAGUGAAAGCUGACAAGUUGGAGGCUGUGCAAUCAGAGCUGAAGAGUAUCAUGGAGGCUUCCAAAGCCAGUCCAGCUUUUCAAAAUUUUAUGAAGGAUUUGUCUAUACCAAGCAAAAUCAGAGUGAAGGCUGUGACUGAAAUAUUUCAAGAAGCAAGAUUUUCAGAUAUAACUAAGAAUUUCUUGGCUACUGUGGCUGAGCAUGGGAGAUUGAGACUACUUGAAGGCAUUCUUAAGAAAUUCAAAAGAUUGACCAUGGCUCACUUUCGGGAAGUAGAUGUGAUUGUGACAACUGCCAUUCCACUUCCGGAAAAAGAAGAAAAGGAUCUCAGGAACGUUGUGGUAAAUCUAAUUGGUGAGGGAGUAACUGUGAGAUUGGAACAGAAGGAUCACCAUCAGUAACAAAAAUCAGUCUUAAGCAGGCUGUACAGCCGCUUCGGUGAAUUGGUGUUUCUAGGCAUAGUCGCCCAGGGUUUGAAGCCUAUCCUCAGCACUUCUAGGGUGCCAAAACCAGAAUUUCAUGUUGAGACUGUUUGAGGGAUGAAGUAAUCAAUUUUGAAAGUGCUGCAACAAUAUUUCUGAGUCUCGUAGUUGGCUGCUACCGUGUAUCUCAGAUCUACAAGUUGGCUUCUUGUGAAUUUCCUUUAGGAAACUGUAAGUGGACAUCAAUUGGGAUCUGCAGCUAAAUCUGGAAACAACUAGUUGAAGGAGGUUACUUUGUUGUUGCAUCAAAUUUCUCAUCAUUUCUCAGAUCAGAAGUUCAGUUCCAAGACAGCAGCCAUUAGAGUCUUUGUAACAGCUCUUUUUUGCCAAUGUAAAGGAUCAUGUUUCAUACCCUAACUUAAGAACUAUUGAGAUGGGUAUGUCUCCUUCCAGUUGUAUGUUCAAUCUCUAAUUUGUUGAGGUCAAAUAAUCAGUUGUUACAGUCUGAUUUCUAUAUCAGACCUGAAACUUUGUAAUCAGAUUAUGAUAGUAAUAAAUUGUUUAUCUAAAGUUGAGUUAUCAUUC